AGAGAGAGAGGGAGAGCACCAUGUGCACGUUAGAGAAGCGCGGCCACGUUUUCGUCCUUACCCUAACCGGGGACGGCGAGCACCGCCUCAACCCCACCCUCAUCGACGCCAUCCAAGACGCCUUGCGCCGAGUCCGAGCCGACCCCACCCCCGGCUCCGCCCUUGUCACAACCGCCAAGGGUAAGUUCUUCUCCAACGGUUUCGAUCUCAACUGGGCCAAAGCCGGUGGAUCCGCUUCCCAAGAACGGGUCCACCAGAUGAGCUCGAAAUUCGAACAGAUCGUGGCCGAUCUGAUGUCGCUUCCGAUGCCAACCGUCGCAGCAGUUACGGGCCACGCCUCCGCAGCUGGCUGCAUGCUGGCGCUGAGCCACGACUACGUCUACAUGAGAAAAGACAGGGGCUUUCUUUAUAUGAGCGAACUCGAUAUUGGCCUUCCCUUCCCCGAUUAUUUCAUGGCCAUGCUGAGGUCGAAGAUCGCUGCCCCGAGGGCUCGGCGCGACGUGGUUCUUAGGGCCGCGAAGAUCAAGGCGGAAGAGGCCGUCGAGAUGGGGAUUAUCGAUGAGGCGCACAGUAGCCCCGGUGAGACGGUGGAGGCUGCGAUGCGCCGUGCGGAGGAGCUGGCAGGGAGAAAGUGGGACGGCGAGGUGUACGCUUCGAUAAGGAAAGCGACAUUUUCGGAGAUUUCGGGAGUGCUGGGGCUGGUGAAGAAGUUAGAUAUAGCUUCGCGCCUCUGAUGCGCGGUAGAUCGGGAGAUGUAUUGACCGUUCAUCAGGUGGGUCCUUUCUCUGUAGGGCAUAGGAUGACGUACGCUACAGUGGACCCACCUGAUGUCGCACCAUCCAUCCCAUCCAUCAGACGCAUCACCUCGGUUUCCUUCAAAACGGCCUAUAACUCAGCCCGAUCCAAAGCUCAGGUGGGCCACAGAAAGGGUAGGAGAGGACGCCCACUUACGAAACUAUCUGAUUUUAUCCGGACCACUCAUUUAUUCCAGAUGAAGGGUUGAACCGCCUAUCCGCCCCUCACGCAAAUCAAUGGUGAGCUCAACUUAUUUUAUUUGAAGCUAAUUUGAGUUUUGGAUCUAGCUGGUCUUAUCUUAUCUAUAACAACUUGCGGUGACGCAUCUGAUGACGUGUUUGGAUUGUGUGAAAAUAAAAAUCACAUGGCCGAUUCUGUAAAAAUAUAAAUGACAUGGCCCACAUCUGCCCAGUGUCAUGGUAGGUCUACUACUCUAUUCAUUAGGGCUUAUUCCGUUUUUAAAAAAUGAUCCUCUGUCAAACUGUUGAAUGAUGAUAAGCUGUCAGUUGGAAGUUUCCUGAAAUUGUCUGUGUCGUAUAAGUAAUUCAAAAUUUCAGAUUGUGGGUCACAGAUUAGAUGCAUCGUGACCCUACAUUUACGUUGUUUCGAUUAUCUGACGAAGAGAUUUGGCCCUCAUUUAUUGGACGCUUAAAAUUGAAUAACA